CCCCGUGCGAGUGUCUCCCUCUCCCUCUUGCUCUCUCUCUCUCUCUCUCUCUCUCUCUCUUUUGUGAGUUAUAGCAACCGUUGCCUUGUGAAUCAAGCGCCAUAGUCACCGUAGUCCUGGCGACUGUUACCCAUCAACAACAACUACUCCUCUCCUCCUCCUCCUCCUCUUCCUCCUCCUCCUCCCCACCACCACCAUCUCCAUCACCCACCAACAACACCACAAUAAUCCACAGCCAAGAGACCAUCAUGCAGACAUCAGAGACUGGGUCGGACACGGGUUCGACAGUGACUUUACAAACAUCUGUGGCUAGUCAAGCAGCAGUGCCUACACAGGUGGUACAGCAAGUACCAGUACAGCAACAGGUACAGCAGGUACAGACCGUGCAGCAGGUACAACAUGUCUACCCAGCUCAGGUUCAGUAUGUGGAAGGGAGUGACACUGUCUAUACCAAUGGAGCAAUCCGAACAACAACUUACCCUUAUACAGAAACACAGAUGUACAGCCAAAACACUGGAGGGAAUUACUUUGAUACUCAAGGGAGUUCCGCACAGGUGACUACUGUGGUCUCAUCCCACAGCAUGGUGGGUACUGGUGGGAUUCAGAUGGGCGUCACAGGAGGACAACUGAUCAGCAGUUCCGGAGGAACCUAUCUCAUUGGCAAUUCAAUGGAGAAUUCUGGUCACUCAGUGACACACACAACUCGGGCCUCCCCAGCAACAAUUGAAAUGGCGAUUGAGACGCUGCAAAAGUCUGACGGUCUGUCCACUCACAGAAGCUCUCUUCUCAACAGCCAUCUCCAGUGGCUGUUGGACAAUUACGAGACAGCAGAAGGAGUGAGCCUCCCCAGAAGCACUCUAUACAACCACUACCUUCGACACUGUCAGGAACACAAACUGGACCCAGUCAAUGCUGCCUCUUUUGGAAAACUAAUAAGGUCAAUUUUUAUGGGGCUACGAACCAGGAGAUUGGGUACUAGAGGAAACUCCAAGUACCAUUACUAUGGGAUUCGUGUCAAGCCAGAUUCCCCUCUUAAUCGUCUGCAAGAGGACAUGCAGUAUAUGGCUAUGAGACAACAACCCAUGCAGCAGAAACAAAGGUACAAGCCUAUGCAGAAAGUGGAUGGGGUUGCAGAUGGUUUCACAGGAAGUGGUCAACAGACAGGCACAUCUGUUGAGCAAACUGUAAUUGCCCAAAGCCAACAUCAUCAACAGUUUUUAGAUGCAUCUCGAGCACUUCCAGAGUUUGGAGAAGUUGAAAUCUCUUCUUUGCCAGAUGGUACUACCUUUGAGGAUAUCAAGUCACUGCAGAGUCUUUAUCGAGAGCACUGUGAGGCAAUAUUGGACGUUGUGGUGAAUCUUCAGUUUAGCCUGAUAGAAAAAUUGUGGCAAACAUUCUGGCGCUAUUCUCCCUCUACUCCAGCUGAUGGCACUACCAUUACUGAAUCAAGCAAUCUGAGUGAAAUAGAAAGUCGACUUCCGAAAGCAAAGCUGAUAACUCUGUGCAAACAUGAGUCUAUCCUGAAAUGGAUGUGUAACUGUGACCAUGGGAUGUACCAGGCUCUGGUGGAGAUUCUCAUCCCCGACGUCCUUAGACCUAUUCCUAGUGCCUUGACCCAAGCCAUUCGAAAUUUUGCAAAAAGCCUUGAAGGUUGGCUUUCCAAUGCCAUGAAUAAUAUUCCACAGAGAAUGAUACAAACCAAGGUUGCCGCUGUAAGUGCCUUUGCCCAGACUCUGCGAAGAUACACAUCGCUCAAUCACCUGGCCCAGGCAGCUCGUGCAGUGCUUCAGAACACUUCCCAAAUCAACCAGAUGCUCAAUGACCUCAACCGUGUCGACUUUGCCAAUGUCCAGGAGCAGGCUUCCUGGGUGUGCCAGUGUGAUGACAACAUGGUUCAGAGACUAGAAACAGACUUCAAGAUGACUCUUCAGCAGCAGAGCACCCUGGAGCAGUGGGCUGCAUGGCUUGACAACGUGAUGAUGCAAGCACUGAAACCCUAUGAAGGAAGACCCAGUUUUCCUAAAGCUGCCAGGCAAUUUCUGCUAAAAUGGUCUUUCUACAGUUCAAUGGUUAUUCGGGACUUAACCUUACGCAGUGCUGCCAGCUUUGGCUCUUUCCACCUGAUUCGUCUACUCUACGAUGAGUAUAUGUUCUACCUAGUAGAACAUCGUGUUGCUCAGGCAACUGGAGAGACACCCAUAGCAGUCAUGGGUGAGUUUGGUGAUUUAAAUGCUGUGUCUCCUGGAAAUCUGGAUAAAGAUGAAGGCAGUGAAGUGGAAAGUGAAAUGGAUGAAGAACUGGAUGAUUCUUCAGAGCCUCAAGCCAAAAGAGAGAAAACAGAGCUGAGCCAGGCGUUUCCAGUAGGCUGUAUGCAGCCUGUUCUGGAGAGUGGCGUGCAGCCAGGCCUCCUGAGUCCCAUUCACAGUGAGCACAUCGUCACAAGUACUCAGACUAUCAGACAGUGCAGCACGACCGGAAAUACCUACACUGCAGUCUAAAGAAUAUUAAAGCGUAUUUUUCCAGCUUACAUUAACCCUGUUGAUAUUGGGCUUAAGUUGAAAAUUUAAUAAGCCUGAAGGUCGACUGUUGUCAAAUUCUAUCUGUGCUGAACAUUAACUUUUUGGAGUUGUGAAAUGGAAUGGGUGUAUGUAUUUUGCCAGGUCUUUUUUUUUUUUUUUUAACAUAAACAAAUUAUUUGCCUCUUAAUAAUAAGAUUAUUUUACCCUUAGUUUCAGGUGUCAAGAAGGAUUUUUACAACACUUAAUGUCAAUGUUUUUGUUUUCUUAUAAUUAAAAAGUAAUUUACAUUUUUGUAGCUUAAAAUAUUUUAUUGUUGAUUGUUAGUCUUGGUGUAUGAUUUCAUGUGUAAGUUUUUUAAUUAGAUGCACUUCUGUGAAAUAUCAAAAGAAUGAAUUUCUUUGAUUUACACUGGAGGCAUGCCCAUUUGGCAGCAGAUGCAUCAAAUUUGCUUUUGAAAGGUGCUUUUCAUUGGACAGAACCAUAAGACACUAUUUUGAUAACAUUUUGGAGUAUGGAGAGAGAAUACAGAACAUUUUUAUUAUAGUGCUAGAGGAUUGGGAAGGUCAUCUAUUUUUCUCUGUAGAAAAAUUGAGCUGUACAUUUAUUGGUUCAGAGUAAAUGAGAGAAUUACAAGAGAUUAUGCUAAUAUGUACAUAAUUUGUGUACAUAAUUAUUAAACCAUGUUAACAAUGCAAGCUUCCGUUAAACGUUGAAUUUUAACUGUUAUUUGCAUACCAAUUCCUCUGUUUAAAGACUACUGAUUCUGUGUUUGGGACCAGUGCACAGAUGCAUUCUGCUGUUAAGUGGGGCUGUUGUAGUUAGAUACCGAAGCUGAAAAAAAAUGACUUGACUUUUUUUUUUUAAGUGUACAUACUACUUAUGCUGAGCUGGACAUACAGGAAACCAUUCCAUUUGGAUGACUUUCUUCUAUUCCAGGUCUUUUUCCUAAUAGUAGUUCAAUAUGCUGCUAUUAUAAAAGAAAAUUUAUAGAAUGCAAGGAAUGUAGCAACCUGCAUAAUGUUAUUUCCUUCAAAAAUAUUUCCUGAUUUCUAAAGUAUGUGGAUUUAAAUUUUAAACAGAACCUGAAGGCAGUGUAACUGGCACACCUCACUGUUACUUAUCCCCAAUUCUGUAGGAUUUGGAUAGGUGGCUGGAUGGACCAUUGCCAUUGAAGAAUGUACAUCAGGGAUCAUCGUACCUCGGCUAUUACAUGGUGCCUUAAAACAGAACUGACGCUAAGGUUUAGUAAGGUUUAUUUUGUUCACAUGAAUAACUCUUCAAUCCAUUCGACAAAGUGUGCCUGUCAUUUUCAGAUUCCUGAAGUAAGGACAGGUUACAUGUUCUUCAAAGGAAAUUUAAGGAAAACAAAGCAAAACAAAAAGACAAAAUUUAGUUUCCCUCUUUGAGUGACCAUGAACCUAUUUUUUAUUCUUAGAGCUGAAUAUUACUUGAUUACAAAUCACAUUGCUUAAGGGUGUGGAAUAGCAGGCUAGUUUUAAUACCAACUUGUUACAUAAAAUCAUCUAUGUUUUAGACCAUUCUUAUCUAGUUAUGAUCCUAGAAGCUAACAAAACAAGUAGGUACUUAUCGAAGUGCAUCUUUUCAGUCUGUUUGUCUGUGUGUCCAGGUGUCAGUGUGUCCACAUGCACACACGUGAGUGCCCGUGGGGCAGGAGUCUGCUGCAAAGUCAAAAGGCUGAGAUCCUAAGGAGUAUACACCAUCCCCAUUUUAAUUUGCACGAAAUGUUAAGGUUCUUUUAAGCACUCAAAUUAUUAACGAAAACAAAAAAGGCACAUCCAUUCAUUUAAAUAGUUGUUAAAAAACUAAUCAGCAUAAAUAAAUAAAUAAAGCCAAAAAAAUGGAAAGCACAAAAUUAUUUACAGUCUAUUAAUAAGGCCUAUAUUAAACUCAAGAUGUUUAUCUUUCCAGUUAUAUUGGGGUGGGGGGAAGGGGAGGGGUUAGAAAGAAGAGGGUGAGCCAAUCUAUAAAGUUAGAAAUACCAAAUGGCUAACUGGGUAAUAUGUAUCACAUUUAAAUUGUUGUUGCUCAGUUGCCUCAGACUACUCAAAUAAGAUCAACAAAUUUAAGUAAAAUUUAAAUGUUUUAGAUGUAAUUUUUUAAAUUAAUUCAAAAUUUAUAUUAUACAACUCAGUCAUAUAUUUGGAAGCCUUCAUCAGCAUCCUAGCAUCACCUUCAUCUAAAUGUCAUUUAAAUGACCAUCCCCCUUUCCUCUCAAAAAGGCAAUGAAUUUGCACCCUCUCUCUCACACACACACACACACACACACACACACACACACACACACGUGCGUGCAGUAAACACAAGCUGCAAAAGAUCAUGUAUCCACUUAAUGGUAGAAACAUUAGGAAAUGUUUACAGGUAAAAUUAGCAUCAAAAAAUGAAAAAAACACUCUUCGUUUUGGCUCUCCUUUCUGAGUUUUUUCAGUUUCCUGUCUCUACCCACUAUCCCUAGAAUGAUUCUAUUAUCUGUAUUGGACCAAAUGUAUUACUGGUUUCAUCUUGUAUGUUGAAUAACUUUAAAUGUAUUUAUUAUCACUGUUUCUCUUAAUUUAAUGUUGAUAUAUUUGUGUCAUUAGAGGAAUCUGAUAAUAAUGGGCAAAUUUAUGUUGAUGAGAGUUAGAGAUUGGGGACUCUCCAGAAUUCAACAUUUCUUCCAAUUGUUCAUGGUUUGUUCUAAAUUAGGACAGAUGAGGAAUUAAUAAGUACUAUUACAUUUGAACUUGACUCAGUAAAAAUAUUAUGAUCUCCUUUAUCAAUACUUAGGAAUAUUAAUUCUUUGUGGCUAGUGUAAAUAGUUCAAUACACAAAAGAAUGCGGAUGGCUUAUGCUAAUUCCAGUUAUUCCUAGUUCACAAUAAGACACACACAUAACACUCAAAAACGUUUUCACCAAUUUCAGAUUUCAAUUGUGAAAUACAUUAGAAAAUAAAAACAAUAGUUUAUACAGGAGCAAAUUGGAACAGUCACAUCUUUUGCAUUUUUUUUCCAUUUUUUAAUUCAUCAAAACUGUAGCUGAAUAUUAGACUCCAAUACCUUUGUAGUUUUAUUACCAAUGACACAAGUUAACAUGUUAAGGACUUCCUGGUAUUUCUUGGCAAUGAAAUCAAACCCUAGCCAUGAAAUACAACUACAUAAACCAAGUGCUACAUUUUCAUUGAGGAAAAAUGUAAAGAAGAUAGGCUGGCUAUGUUUAAGUUUCAGAAAAGAUAUUUCCAUGUGAUAGGAUUGAAUAUUAUGGGUAUAGUCUGAUCUUGACAUAUGCUCUGAGAAUCAUACCCAAAAGAUUUGCGUUCAUGAAACCAGUGAACAAUAGGGUGGAAUGGAUGAACGAUUUCCUUGGAACACAGGGCCCAAUUUUUGAAUUUUUCUUUGGAUAUCAAGUUGCUGGUCACUUAUUCAGGAUUUUCAUCCAAACCAUGUUUGGACUGACUGUGUAAGUCUUACUGCCUUUUCAGAAAUCUGCUUUCCUUUUUGUGCUUUUUCUUGUACUGUAUAGCACGGUUUAUGCACCUCUCUUUAGAUGGUGUACUUUAAAAACAAAAGUAAAAUUUAGGAAAUGAUUUUAACACUGCAUACCUAAAAUCAAUAGUGUGCAACAUUGACUGCCUUUGAUUUGUAGUGGAUGAGUAAAACUGAAUACGUCUUUGUAGAAUGCUGUGAGAGUCAUUCAGGAAUGAAUGCGGUUUCAGUGCUGCAAUCAUAAACCUUUUUACAGGAAUGCACUGUCUAAAAGUGCUAAAUGCAUUUUCAAAUUUUUUAAAAUUCCUCAGAUAUAUUUGAAAUGUCUAAAAUAAUGCUGUGCUUGAAACAAUAGUAUAAAAGAAAAAAAAAUGUAUGUCACUGUGAUGUUGGUCCUCUCUGUGUGGACUCAAGUAGAAAGUGAAAAACUUGGCAAGUCACCUUUAUGUACAAUUUGAGGCAGUGGUUAUAUACAAUAAAUUGACCUUUGUUAUAAUCCCGCUCCCCUUACAUUCUUGGUGAGAAAAUAACAACCAUCAAAAACUGAAAUCAGAGCUCUGUGAUCUGUAUGAAUCACACUAGGACAUGGGGGAGAAGGGUUGGCAUGCAGUGCUAUUGAAAAUUGGGUUUGUCGCUAGAUCAGAGCAACCUCCAUGUAUAUGGUUAGAACAAAUCAAGUAAUGGAAUCAUAGUAUUUCUGCAAGUUUGGUGAUUUAAAAAAAAACUGGAAUAGAAGCAUUAAUUCAGUGCUUGGUUCUAGUAUUAGAAAACCCCUUUGAAGUAAUGCCUUGUAUUAACCCUUUGAGCAUUGUAAGAUAUACAAUGGGGACAAAAGCCUUUCAGAUCAUUUAUUUAGACUUAGACCAGUAAAAUAUACUCUAUAUCCAAAUGUCUAAUUAUGCUGUUUUUUUUUUAAAGGGGGGUUAGGAAAAGAAAGUGUUUCCAUGCCAAACACUUGCAUUUUAUAUACAACUCUUAAUUUUUCUUCAAGAGGGCUUGAUAUAUUUAUUCCCAAAUAUUCACUGCCAUCUAAGUAAGUGUACUGUUUACAGAAAAAAAAAAAUCAACUUUUCUAGCAUCACAUCAUGACUCUCUAGAAAAGGAGGACAAAUACAGAGGCCUGUAUAGACCUAUGUCAUAACUGAUUUCUGCACAUUGAAGGGACCUAGAUUGCCUUUGAAAGGUAUAAAGAAAAAGUUAUGUUCCUUUUUUUUCCCCAUAACAAAACAAGAGAUCUCGUUUAUUUAGCUUUAGAAAGUACAAGUAUAAGUGAAGCCUUAGAAAGGAAUGAGUUCAAGUGGAUAAAGAGAAUCUGAAAUCUUUAGGGGCAGUUAGGCUAUUUGGAGUUAGAUUGCUCAUAAAAUAUUGUUUGGGAAUUUCAUACAGGGCAUAAUUUUAUGCUCCAAAACUGUAAUACUUUGUCAAAAAAAAAAUUAGAUAGAAUGGAGUGCAAAGCACUUGAUUAUAAGCUCAUGUCAGGAGAUACUAUGACUACUGCUUCUGAUAUCUCUAAAUGUCAGUCUGCUCACACCAUUGCUGAUUUUGUUCAAGGGAAUCUCUCUGUGCACUUGAUCCUCUUUGUCCCCUGCGCAAUAGAACAUGAAAGCAGUGUGGUCUGCAGAUGUGCUUGCGCUGCCCUGGCUGGGCGCAAAUAAAGAGUGUAACCUAUUUUGAUGUCUGCUGAAAGGACAUCCAUAGCAUAGUGCAAGAAUGCCAGAGACGUCGCUCUUAGGCAGUUUAGGAAGUCAAACCAUGCAAAUUACUCAUGUGUUAACAUGCAAUACUCAAAGGGUUUUAAUUUAACUCUAUUCUUUUGAAUUCUUCAUGAUGAUUUACUGUAAAUGCUUCUCAGUUUGCAUGCCUUGAUCAUUGCUGCUAGUGAUUUUAUGUGCCAGUAGACCUGAGUUUAGUUUACCAAUUUUACUUAAAUAGUAAAAGCCACUUACAAAGUGACUGCCUAGGACUUUUUUUUUUCCUUCUGUUUGAAGUAAUCGGUAAAAUGUCUUUAAAAAACAAAACGUGCUUUGUCUCUUUUGUUUGGUUCUGGUAUCGAAUUCUUUUUUUCCCCCUCUUUCCUUUGUUUUUUUAAAAAAUUAUGAUGUUGGGAUUGGAAGCCCUGAGUAAUGAAAUCUUUGGUAAGAAUCGUUUAUGUAUCUCAAUAAUGAGGACAAUAAAUCUUUGUUAGAAGAAUUUUGAUUCUGGGGAGGAAAGACAAAAGAAAAACUCCCAUUGACUGUUGGUAACCAAAUAAAUCUUUCCUUCAGUAAAUUAGUACUUUUGAAGAAAUGAUUGCCUUGUUUUAACCUGCUAAACACAAUUUUAAAUGACCCAAUAAAGAAGGUAGUGAAUUUUAUUCGUUUAAAAAGCAUCUUUUGUACCAAAGCAAAUUUUUUUCUCUACUCAUCUCCAUCAUCAAUUUGGACCUAUGGUAGUGACCAAUGUGUUGGUUACAGAAACUUUAAGUGAGUGCCUUGAGAAAACUUGGAAAUUUGUGCCUGAGGUGGUAAACUUUUAAUUAGGUUAAUUGUAGUGCUUACCAAUCAGUAAUUCCACUAUCACUCAGGGCUUUCGUACCUUCUAGGUAAAACUUCUUUCAUUGUGUUUUUUUAAGAUGCUGUGUUUUUUUUUAAGUGCCAUCAUUUAAAUUUCACUUAGUAAGUGGCAGAUUACAUUAUUCAGUCCCACAAGCACAGAAAUAUAGUAACACUAGGAGAUAUUUGAACAUUUAUUUUACAAUUGACUGAAUAUAUUAUGUAAAUGAGGUAAGCAACUUUUGUAGAGAUUGUAUGUGUGAGAUAAUGUAAUGUUCUUUUCCAGUUUUUGGACUACAGUUGAAUAAACUUUUUAAUUAUUUAAAAACAUCUUUACCGAAUAACAUGUGAUGGUUUUUUGUAUAAUGUAUUUGAUUUUGUAAAUACGUAUUUCCUGAUGUGAUUUUUGUGAGAAAUGCUAAAUCUUUUAGUAUAUCAUGUCCUCUCAAAAUUGGCAGGCGCUAAAUAAUAGUUUGUGGGCGAUUUGUAUUGUGUACUGUACAAUAACUGGGGAACUUUUAUAAUUAUAAAAAUAUAUAUUAACUUUUAGUGUGUUGUUUAAACAAAUGACUGGAACAUACUAAAGAUAUUAGUAGGAUUUUUCUGAAUAUUUCAGACUUGAACUCAGGCUAGCUUUCUUGUGUUUUUCAAAACAAAAUGGUGUCUUGUCUUUUAAAAUCAAUAAAUUUGUUUCCUUGUAACAAAUA